UCCAAAAAUUAAUAGUAAAAUUGUAAAAAAUAGAGAAAUGUUAAAUAAAUCCAAAUCAAAUUCACAAGAUGAAUCUGAAACUAUCAUAGCUGAAAAUGAGCUCCAGACGUUCAAUGGAAAUUCUAUUAUUAUGGUUAAGCCUUAUGAAGGAAAUACGAAUAAUGCAUCCUCUUCCGUUCCUAAUGCUUUUGGAGACCAUUCAGUUGAACCCAAAUCAGUUAUAGCUAAGUUAUAUGAAGGAUCUAAUAUAAGACAUUCUAGUCCAAAAACCAUACGUCUUAAAAAACAUGCCAGACCCAGAAGUUCAGCUGAUAAUCACAACUUACUUAAAAAUGAUGAAAAAGUAAGAGGCUUAUGUUGUACACUAAGUGAGAGAUCUUUGAAUCCAUUGAAGUUUGACAUCGCUGCACAUUACAGGAAAGAGCUUUUACAACAUACUUCUUCUCAUUCUUUAGAACUUACUUCUGAAAUUAAGUCAUCUUUAGAUUCCAAUUCUGUUGCAAAUAGUGAUGAUGAUGCACAAAAUAAUUCAAAAUGUAAUAGUGAUGACAACAGUGAUACUAACUCUUCUAGUCAUUUUACCAAACAUUAUCUAGCCUAUAAGUCUGUAGAUAACUUAGUUCUGAAAUCUCAUGAUCCCAUAAUCCAUUCCUCGCCUGAGAGCACUAAAAGCGUACCCACUGGGAAAACCAUGCAUAGAUCUACGUCUCAUGAUACUGUCAUAUGCGAAACCGAAAGCACAGAUUCUUUAGCAAAACAAUCACUUUUAGCCGCACAAGUUUUACAUCUUAUACCUACUACAAUGGCAAGAGAAAGAAAUUAUUUGCAAGGACGAGUAGCAGUCAACUCAUUAUUAGGUUCUGCAGAAUUGGAAAGGGUUUUGCCAGGUCGAGAGGUUAGACUUUAUGUAGGAUCAUGGAACAUGAAUGGACAUUCACCACCAAAUGAAAUGAAUGACUUCAUUUUACCAAAUGCAAUUUCAUAUGUACCUGAUAUUCUGGCAAUAGGGACGCAAGAAUCUUGUUCUGAAAGAUUUGAGUGGGAAGUAAUUUUACAAGAAACUAUUGGUCCAACGCAUGUUUUAUUGCAUGCCGCUUCUUUGGGUACAUUGCAUUUAGCAAUAUUUAUAAGGAGAGAUUUAAUUUGGUUUUGUUCUUUACCUGAAGACACAAGUAUGUCAGUUCGACCCGGUUCUGCAUUUCGCACUAAAGGGGCUGUUGCCAUUUCUUUUUCUCUUUUUGGCACGAGUUAUUUGUUUGUGACAGCACAUCUCACUGCACAUCAGGAGAAAGUAAAAGAAAGAGUUCAGGAUAUAAAACGAAUUAUAAGGUCUCUAGAUUUACCAAAAAAUCUGCCAGUUCGACAUAAAAGUAAAGAUGUUACUCAAAAUUUUGAUUGUGUGUUUUGGUGUGGUGAUUUAAACUUCAGGCUAGGUGAACCACGAGAUAAAGUACUAGAAUGGAUUAAUAAUACAACAUUUCCUCUUCCACCACAAAUGCCUCAUGGCUAUAUGCAUUCUGAUCAACUAACUGCUGUUUUGUCUGAUGGAGCAGCUUUUAAAGGGUUUCAGGAAGCACAAAUUAGAUUUCCUCCUACAUAUAAGUAUGAUCCUGGUACACAAAAAUUUGAUACAUCCUCUAAACAAAGAGCACCAGCAUACACUGACCGAAUUUUAUUUAAAUCGAAACCACAGCAUAGUACUACAAAUUAUCUUCGAAGGAAUAGUGGUGCCCCAAUAAAUAAUGAAAGUCCUUUCUUGGAGUGUUUAUUAUAUGAUUCAGUUCCUAGUAUAUUAACUUCUGAUCAUAAACCUGUUUGGGCAUUAUUCAAAAAUAUUAUCAGACCUGGAAUUGAUACUGUACCCCUUGCUGCUGGACUUUUCAAUAGAGAAGUUUAUUUAGAAGGUGUUAAACGAAGAGCUGUAACUCUAGAAAGAAGUCAUGAUGCCUCAGGUGUUUGUUCACUGCAGUAAUCAAACAAAAUGUAAUAUUGUCUAAUGAAGACAAUAGAUAUAAAAAAUUCUAAACACCUCAUUGAACCAAAUUUAGGGCUUUUAAGAUAUUAUAAGUUUGUAAAUUAUCUAGUCAUUCAUUUUACCUCUAGUCAUUUA